AUGCAACCGUUCGUUGGUACCCGCUCGACCUUACACCUUUUGGCCGAGACACCUCUUCACCCUUUUCUCCUAAAACAACCUGGCUUCUUUAUGAACGCGGGACGCGGUCGUUACACCACCUAUUUGCUCAAGGGGGUGGAGAAGCCCGUGGUGGAUGUACCAACCCGUCCACUGGAGGUGGUGACGGAUACCGCAACAGAGGCAGUAAUGAAUAAGAAGGAUGUGGUGGCGGAAAUGGAGGAAGCGGUGGUGGUUACGAGAGAUAUAGCAAAGGUUACAUAUCAUGUGGAGGUUGUGGUGAAAAAGGAUACGGUGGUGGUGGCCGUGAGGGAGGUGGCUGGAUGUUACGGAGGAAGCGGAGUGUGA